AUGUUCUUUCGAUCUGCAAUCUCGGCUUUCCGCCCGGUCUCACGGCCAUUCCUGCGUCCCAUCCGCUCCCCGGCCUUUAAGCUUCCCUCGGUCCUCCAUGCGCGCCUCUUGUCUGCGGAUACCAAGGCGGCAAUUGAUAAGGCCGUUGCUUCCGCACCUGUCGUUCUUUUCAUGAAGGGCACUCCCGAAACGCCUCAGUGCGGGUUCUCGCGCGCAAGCAUUCAAAUUCUGGGUCUGCAGGGCGUUGACCCCAAGAAAUUUGUCGCGUUCAAUGUGCUCGAAGACCCCGAACUCCGCCAGGGCGUCAAAGAAUACUCGGAUUGGCCGACUAUCCCCCAGCUGUACCUGGACAAAGAGUUCGUCGGAGGCUGUGAUAUCUUAAUGUCUAUGCACCAGAAUGGAGAACUUGCCAAAAUGCUGGAGGGGAAGGGUGUUCUGGUCGCGGCGGAUCAGUGA